UGAAUGGAGCCACGUGACCCAAAUAUCACGUGACGUGUCCGUGAGCGGCGGCGGCGGCGGCGGCGGCGGCGGCUUGUGAGUCCCGGUCCCUCCCAGCGCGGCCUCCCCGCCCCGCCCGGCCCGGCCCGGCCCGGCGGCCCCGGCAGGAGAACCCAGCUGACAAGGCUGUCGUGUUAUGACGACCCCCAACAAAGGAAACAAGGCCUUGAAGGUGAAGAGGGAGCCAGGUGAGAAUGGGACCAGCUUGACAGAUGAGGAGCUGGUGACCAUGUCUGUGCGAGAGCUGAACCAGCAUCUACGGGGCCUGUCGAAAGAGGAGAUCAUCCAGCUGAAGCAGCGUCGGCGCACGCUGAAGAACCGGGGUUACGCAGCCAGCUGCAGAGUGAAGCGCGUUACCCAGAAGGAGGAACUGGAGAAGCAGAAGGCAGAGCUGCAGCAAGAAGUGGAGAAGCUGGCCUCAGAGAACGCCAGCAUGAAAAUGGAACUCGAUGCUCUCCGCUCCAAAUACGAGGCUCUCCAGAACUUCGCCAGAACCGUGGCCCGGAGCCCCGUGACCCCUGCACGGGGGCCUCUCACUUCCAGUAUGGGGCCCCUCGUCCCUGGCAAGGUUGCUACUACUAGUGUCAUCACAAUAGUGAAAUCCAAAACGGACGCCCGGUCUUAGUGAAGCGAGCAUUGCCCGAGCUUGUCUGUGCAGGGCAGUUAGGCACAAAACCAGCCUGGAAUCCCCAAAGCACAAGCCCUCCCCACAUGGGUCCGGGUUCCUUUGACUUGGCCCAGGACUGGCCCGCUGAUCGCUCCAGUUUAUUUUGUUGUGUCCAGAUUGGUAUGAGCAGUGGUGAUGCAUCCCUUGUCCUGUGCAGACAGAGCUUCCCACCCAGCAGUCUGUAGCCCUUGGGUGCCCUGGGGACAGACUGUGAGAUUUUGGUUUUCUACCCAAAGAAAAUCUGUGCAGCGAGGCUGACAGAAGGGUGGAGGAGUGGCUCGAGGAAAGCUUUCUUCCUGGGGGCUGGGAACCCUAAUUUCCGGUCACUUCCAAAGGCUUUUUUUCAUGACUUUUCCAGGUGGUGCAUCUCAGCACCUGAACCUGCUGCUUUUGUCUCCUUUGGUACCUGUAGUUACAGUUGGGGUGUUCUGUGUCAUAGGUUUUCAUUCCUUUCUAGGUGUGCCUCUGUGCCCUAGCCGUGGGUUUCCCUCAGACGUCCAUGACGUUAGCUGUGUAAACUGGCAGUGGUGGGAAGGACGACGCUGCUGUGUCCUGCCGCUGUGGUCCUGAGGCCCGGCAGGGCCCAGCACCCCAGGAGGGAAGAAGGGAGCAGUGGUACUGUGUUGACUGCAGGCCGGUUUUGUGCCUAAUGUGUUGCACUGAACAAGACCAAAAUCACUAGUUGUUCCCGUGUUUUGAGGGUAUCAAGUGUCUCUAGUGUGAUGGUUUACACAACCAGUUUAUGUGGUUAAAUAGCCCUUUAUUUAAAGAGAGAAACAUCAUUUUAAGAGUUAUUAAAUUAUCUAAGUUUAAAAUUGGACAGAAGAGAGAGCGUAUUUAUAGUCAGCUUUUUUACCUGAGAAGGCGAGAAUAUUUGACCAUAUGAGUGGGGAAAUAUUCUCAGAGACUUUGCUAGUUAAAAGUUAAUAAAUAAAUAAUUUUAAAGUUUGUCAUGAACCUCCCGCAAACUGUUUGUGGCUCUGAGGUUAGUUUUUAUAAAGAGUUAUCAGACUUUAUUUAUAAAACUUAGAAAAAAACAAAAAAAAGAGGCAAGUCCUGUUUGAUAUCUUUUUGCAAUUGUACCAAAAGUGACUUAUUCUUGACCUCGCUAGUUUCUGUCACGUCCCCUUGUGUUGGGCACUCUGCUCCCCAAGCUCUCGUGCGGCACUGUGGUGUGCUGGUGCCUUUGCCAUGUGCUGUCAUUUCACACUGUUGUUGUUUUCCCUAAACCCGACUGAGAGAUUGAGUUCUCCAGAAGGGUUCUUGUGCACAGGCAAAGGUGCUGCUGUUUCUGAAGACAAGAAUGGCCGGCUGGUGCAGCAAGGUAGCGCUGCCUGCCUAGAGGUGUGCGGCAGGAGCACAGGCAGCUCCUGCUGAGCAGCCAACACCAGGUUAGCUUGGUUACCUGGAGAGGAAAAAUGCUGCACUUACCCUCCUGCAGCAAACCUGUCAGGGAAGUAACAUGAGGGAGUCUUGUCCAGGUUUAGGAGAAGACUGAUGGUAUUGGUAUUUAGCUCUGGAAUUAGAUCCUGUGGUCAGAACUUGUGUUGUGUUCAUGGCUCACCUGAACAAGAGGGGCAAGUCUGCAACAAGAGGGGCAACGGGAUGAGCUAGACCCUGGUGUCUACACAUUGCUGGCCAGGGAGCUGUGGCAGGAUAACUGUCCAGGGAGUUAGGAAAGUGCUCAGACUCACAGCUGUGAUGUAGCUGAGAAGCUGCUUGUGGCCAGGCUGUGUUUCCACAAACUCUUUGACUCCCCUCUCCCGUUCCCAAAGAUUUGAGCUGAUUUACUGAGUUUCAGAGAAGCAGGACAUGAGAGGAAGGCCCAUGUGAUCUCCUGGCUGCUGAAGAUCUGAGUGGAGGGGUCAGAUUGGGAUAACACAAGUGAAGCCACAGUCUUGUGGGGAGGUAUGGCCAUUUUGGGUAGAUUUGGAGGAUGUUUCUCAUGGUUGAACUGAUACUGCUGUCCCCUGAGCGGAGGAGCAGGUCAGCCUGAGAAAAGCUGCAGUGUGGCAGGAGAGGAGCAGGUAAUUAAUGGGGAUUUCCUGCUGAAGGAGAUCAGCUUUGCUCUGAUUUAUAGGGAGUUUAGGGAGCUGUUUGGGAUGCUUUUCCCAGUGAACUUCCCAGAGGAGGAGCAGGUUAGAACAUUGCCUGUAGACUCCCCCCUUCUGGCCCUGGACUUUCUCUUCUCUGAAGUGUCUGAUGUGCCACUUCCAGCCAUUCACCACACAGGCCACACGCUGCACAGCACUCAGCCGGCUCUGGUCUUCCAGCUGGUUGUGUGGUGAUUGGAAAAAAUGAGAUUUUACAGGUCACAGAGGCAUCCAGUUGUCCUGGGGUAUCAUUCCCAACCCUAUCCCUCCUAGACCCAGCCUGAGACUGAAUCAGCCAGAGCCCUUGGGAACACAGCUGAGUCCUGAUAUGGGCCAGAGGAGCAGGCAAGGUGUGUAUGGGGCUGGUUCGGACCUUGGUUCCACAGCUGGUGGAGGAGAGCCCUGUAAAUAUAGCAGCCAACGAUGGGCAACCGUGCAGCCACGGAGAGCUUGCUUUUUGUUGUGCUCUGUGGCAGGGAGUGCCCAGUCGUCGCUGCCGGUGGUCAGGGCUGGCAUCUGGUCCCUGUGCUGCUCUGUCAUGAGGCGCCCCAGGGCUGGCGGCAGCGCUGACUGCACCAGACUUCAUCCUCCUCCCCGGCACUGUCCCUCCUUGCUCGGAGCCCGGGUCUGCCUCAAUGGCCCGUGUGUUGGAUGAGGACAGAUCGUGUAGGGAAGGGCAGGUGUAGGACUGAAGGGUGCCACUGUGUUCAACAAGCUCUGCGGUGCCAGGCUGGAUGUCAGCGAGGCCGCGGUUCCCUGAGUGUUGCUUCCCUAUGGUUUUGGUUUUGUUCUCAGUGAGGUGUAGGACCCCGACUGAUGUAUUUCUGCAGUGUCCAAGGAGUGUCCCGUCCGGCUCUAGAGGAUGCUGUGUCCUGCCAGCUGGCUGCCCGUGCCCGAGGCGAGCCUUGCCCGAGCCGUCACGCUGACCUCUCUCUCGUAUAUAGUGUUCUGGAGUGUGACAAUUCUUGUUCCUGAGGUGCUCGUCCGUUUGGUUUCCUGCUGUGAAGGGUGUCGUGUUCCCUUUCUCCUGUUCCUGGUGCCGUUCCGAGGCGCUGGGGAGGGGUCCUGCGCCAGCCCGGCCGGGGAGCGUCCCCGGCACCCCCGGGAUUUGUGUAUCUUGUGAAUUGUGUACAGUCGCUCCCGGCCGGAGCCGGGGCUGGCGGACAGAAGGGUCACCCAGAGGGCUCCGGGCUCGGUGCAGGCGGUAUUUAUUGCUAAGUUAUUGCCGUUAUUUAUUCU